AUGUUCAAAUUUCAGCAGAUAAAAAUAGGAUGGAACGAAUUAGGUAGGACAGCAAAAAUAGUGUAUGGAUGCUUCUUUUUCAACAUCAUUUUACUUAUGGGAAUAACCACUAGAAGACAUAUGGCUAAUAAAAAGGCAAUUGAUUUCUACACAAACAAAAUAAUAGAUUCCAAAAAUGAAAAUAGUGAUUGGAGUUGUUACAACUCAGCAAAGCAGUAUCAUUAUGAGUGUGCAUACUUGAAUGAAGAAGAGACGCAGCAGUUAGAUAUAUGUCAGAAACUAACUAUUGAAUUGGAAAAUUGUCGAAAUGAUUUGCACAAGUUUAUAAAUGAAGAUACACCACCUGCUAUGAAAAAAAUUCCAUACAUUAUAAACAAGCCCAAGUGGUUGAGAGACCCAAUUUGGUUUCAAAAUAUGCAAAAUCAAAAAAAAUGA